UUCCUACACCGCCCCUCCCUUGGGUUGCGCGCGAAGUCUGAUCAGGGAUGCGGGGGUCCAAUGGAAAGGUGGCCCCAAAUCCCGCGAGAACUGGUGGCACAUAGCUACUGACUAGGCUUAGGAACGCUGUUUAUUCGCUGAGCCUUGUGCCCCCUCCCGGGAGGAGGCACACACUGAAGCAUUUCUCCAGUUUUGCACCCCAAUCCGUGAGAACUUGGAAGCGGGCUCGGCUACUCCGCGGGCUCGGCCCCUGGUAGCCGACGGGAAGAGGGCUGCCUGGCCGCGGCCAAUGUCUGCCGCGCUUCCUCUGCAGUAUGAAGACACCGGAGGCUCCACAGUUAGCUCCAGACUGCCUUCCUUCAGACCAGGCCCCAGCUCCAGCCCGUCUCUCUCCUCAGGCUUCCCCGAUGGAUAAAAAUACGGACCCUGAACUGAUGCCACCGCCACGCGAUGGGGAUGAUCCGCCCCAGGUGUCCUCAGAUCCCGUGGCUGGCUUAGCUCUGUCCCAGGAGCUGGAGGAAGGGGUCCCAGCUUCUCUCUCCACUUCCCUGGAAACAGGGUUUGGUUCUCCUAGUGAGCUGAACAGUCGUGUCGAGGAGAAAGAACUUUCUGAAAAUGUGAGCCUUCCUGCAGAAGAAACAAACAGGCCAGAGUUGGGGCCCGGAGAAGACGUGGAAGGUGUGUCUGAAGAACUGACUUCAGAGGAUGAGGGAUACACCGUUUGGAACUACAGCUUCUCCCAGGUGCCUCGGUUUCUCAGUGGUUCUUGGUCAGAGUUCAUCACCCAACCUGAAAACUUCUUGAAAGGCUGUAAGUGGGCCCCUGACGGUUCCUGCAUCUUGACCAAUAGUGCUGAUAAUAUUCUGCGGAUUUAUAACCUGCCCCCAGAGCUGUACAAUGAGGGGGAGCAACUGGAAUAUGCAGAAAUGGCCCCCGUCCUUCGAAUGGUGGAAGGCGACACCAUCUAUGACUACUGCUGGUAUUCCCUGAUGUCUUCAGCUCAGCCGGACACCUCCUACGUGGCCAGCAGCAGCCGGGAGAACCCAAUUCACAUCUGGGACGCCUUCACCGGGGAGCUCCGGGCUUCCUUUCGCUCCUAUAAUCACCUGGAUGAGCUGACGGCAGCCCACUCGCUCUGCUUCUCCCCGGAUGGCUCCCAGCUCUUCUGUGGCUUCAACCGGACCGUGCGUGUCUUCUCCACAUCCCGGCCCGGCCGAGACUGCGAGGUCCGAACCACGUUUGCAAAAAGGCAGGGCCAGAGUGGCAUCAUUUCCUGCAUAGCCUUUAGCCCAACCCAGCCCCUCUACGCCUGUGGCUCCUAUGGCCGCUCCCUGGGCCUGUACACCUGGGAAGAUGGCUCCCCUCUUGCCUUGCUGGGAGGACACCAAGGGGGCAUCACGCACCUCUGCUUUCACCCUGAUGGCAAUCGCUUCUUCUCCGGAGCCCGCAAGGAUGCUGAGCUUCUGUGCUGGGAUCUUCGGCAGCUUGGGCACCCACUGUGGUCCCUGAGCCGCGAGGUGACCACCAAUCAGCGUAUCUACUUUGAUUUGGACCCGACCGGGCAGUUCCUCGUGAGCGGCAGCACUAACGGGGCUGUCUCUGUGUGGGACACUGGCGGGGCGGGGCUUGAGAGCAAGCCGGAGCCAGUGCUGAGUUUCCAGCCUCAGAAGGACUGCACCAAUGGCGUGAGCUUGCACCCUAGCCUGCCUCUGCUGGCCACCGCCUCCGGGCAGCGUGUGUUUCCGGAGCCCACAGAGAGUGGGGAUGAGGAGGGGGAGGAAGUGGACCUUCCUCUGCUCUCCAUGCGCCACGUGCACCUCGAAUGUCAGCUUCAGCUCUGGUGGUGUGGGGGGGGCCCAGACACCAGCAUCUCAAAUGCUCACCAGGAGGAGAUGGGACAGGGAGGGACAGAAGGAGGUGGGGGCGAGUUUACAUAAAAAGAUUUUAUAUGA